AUGAAACCCAGUUCUCUUCUGCAUUUCUCUCUGCUCCUACUUUUCCUUGUCUUCAUCUCCGGCGACCCUUCUUUGGCCCUCAACGCCGGCGGGUUCAGCGGCGGACGGAAGAUGAAUGCACGGGAAACGUUGUCGUCUUCCUCGGGGGAGCCUACGGGGAAUGCGCCGACGAGUGGUAGCGGCUCGGCCCACGGCCCGAACUGGGACUAUAGUUGGGGGUGGGGCUCGAGCCCGGGCUCGGGGUACGGAUACGGGUCGGGCUCUGGAAGAUCUCCUAAUGGGUUUGGGAGGGGAUGGGGGUUCGGAUCGGGUUCGGGUAGCGGGUCUGGGUCAGGCUACGGGUAUGGUUCGGGAAGCGGUGGCGCUCAUGGAGGUGGGUAUGGAGCCGGGAGCGGCGGCGGCGGUAAUGGAGGCGGUUCCGGAGGUGGCGCGGGUGGGUCCUCCGGCGGCAACGGUGGACGUUCACCGUGA